UGGCCCCGCGGUCGCACGCUCCGCAGCGAUAGUUCCCGGUCUCACGCACGCUGAACGCCGCACGCGGCAAACUAUCGCGAAAUUAAAAAAAAUACAAUAUCUGUUUCGUGACUGACUUUUUUAUGAUUAUAAUUUUUUUUAUGUCAAUUUCUAAACGUUUUUGGCACUUUCUUCUUUUUUCCGAAGACAAUAGAUGAAUUACAAUUGAACUAAAAAUCGUUGAAAUCCCAACAGGGAUUUAGAGGAGUUAGCACAAGUGAUAAAAUGAACUUAUAUUAACUUUAAAUGUACAGUGUAAAAAAUUACUGUGUUAACAAUAAAUAUAGACUUUUAAGUGAAAGUCAGUAAUUUUUCCAAUUAUUGUGGGAGACUCGAGUUAUAGUGCAAAAACAAAGAAGUUAUUGAAAACAAUGGACCACCUGUUUCGGCAGCGUCGGAUCAGCGUGCCCAAGCGGACUAGCGAAUUGGUCGCUUUAGUGGCAGUAUCAUGCACAUUAUUCCUGUUUCUACACACGAGAGAUCUCAGCACAAAACUACGACGCAUGGAGGGAAGGCUGAACGAUGACGUCACAGCAUUUAACCAUCUCACAGAUAGAAUUCAAACGGAUCGUGUAGAACAUUCGUUUGCGUCCGCCCAAGAAUACAAAGAAGCCCUCGAAGCUAUAAGAAGGCACACCGGAGCUGAACGUAGUAAACCUCAAAGGACUCUUGAAGCCGAACCUGAGGAAUCUCAAGAGCAACAGCUAGCGGAACAAGAAUACCUCGACGAAGCUCUCAUACCGGAAGCAUGGGAACUGAACAACACGGCGCGCGCAGGCGUCGAACUACUAUUCUUCAAUCGUGUUCCAAAAGUCGGAAGCCAAACAUUCAUGGAGCUAUUACGAAGACUCGCCCUAAGGAACCAAUUCGGAUUCCAUCGUGAUGCGGUGCAGCGCGUGGAGACUAUCCGACUGGCGCCCGCCGACCAGCAAGUGCUCGUGAGCCUCGUGUCCGCUCACACGCCGCCUUCCUCCUACAUCAAACACGUGUGCUACACCAAUUUCACCAGGUACGGAUAUCCGUCUCCAAUCUACGUGAACGUAGUGCGGGAUCCGGUAGAACGCGUCAUCUCGUGGUACUACUACGUGAGGGCGCCGUGGUACUACGUGGAGAGGAAGCGCGCGUUCCCGGACCUGCCCCUGCCCGACCCGGCCUGGUUGAAAAAGGAUUUCGAGACGUGUGUUCUGAGCGGCGACCGCGAGUGUCGCUACGUGGAGGGCGAGACGCACGAGGGCAUCGGCGACCAUCGGCGGCAGACGCUGUUCUUCUGCGGACACGAACCUAAUUGCACUCCGUUCAACAGCGUGGAGGCGCUGCAGCGCGCCAAGCGUGUGGUGGAGGAGCAGUACGCGGUGGUGGGAGUGCUGGAGGACAUCAACUCCACGCUCCUCGCCUUCGAGAAGUAUGUGCCGCGGUUCUUCGACGGCGCGCUGCAGCUUUACUGGGAAGAACUGAACACAUUCAACCGCAUCAACCGCAACGCGUUCAAGCCGCCGGUCUCUGAGGCCGUCAAACAGAUCGUGCGAGCGAACUUCACAAGAGAGAUUGAGUUCUACGAGUUCUGCAAACAGCGACUCCAUCUGCAGCUCCGGGCUCUCCGGGACCCCGGGAUCACCCCUCCCUCCCCCACCAGGGCCAGGGGAGGACGGAGAAAGAGGGCGCAUAAAGGCAAGUUGUAGUAGUAGAUUAUUUAGUACGGAGUUUGAGUAAAAUAAAUUUGUCGUGUUGAGAUCAAGUAAGAGAUUAGGUUCGUAAUUCUCAGAGGUGAUCUUGUUACAGUGGGUUUAUAGAUACACUUUGUAAGCGAAUUAAGAAUCGAACCAUCUAUACAGUGUAUAAGGUGUCUAUGAUAACAAUUUAGAAGCUAAUUAUAGCUCGCGUAAAUUGGAAUUCACUAAAAAUUUUUUUUCCCAAAUUCAAAUAGAUCCUAUAAAUCAUUUAAUUUCCAUGUUAUAUUAUUUGUAUUAUUAAAGACUUUCCCCCUUAUUCAUA